AGCAUUUAAAUAGCAGGAGUGAUAAGAGAUUUGAUUCACUUGGAACUAUCCCUAUUACAAGCUUGAAUGCCCUGGCAUGACAAAAGGAGGCAUGGAGACAGUGGAAGUGUUCAAUUCCGAAGGCAAAGGCAGAGGGCUGAAGGCAGUCAAGGAAUUUUGGGCAGGAGAUGUCAUUUUUGCAGAACGGGCCUACGCCGCAGUGGUAUUUGACAGCCUCACUCACCUUGUCUGCCACACUUGCUUUAAGCGGCACGAGAAGCUCCACCGCUGUGGUCAGUGCAAGUUUGCCCAUUACUGUGACCGGACCUGCCAGAAGGAUGCCUGGGUGAACCACAAGAGUGAGUGCUCUGCCAUCAAGAAGCAGGGGAAAGCGCCCAAUGAAAACAUCCGGUUGGCUGCCCGAAUCAUGUGGAGGAUAGAGAGGGAAGGAGGAGGCUUGACGGAUGGAUGUUUGGUCUCCAUUGACACCUUGCAGAAUCACGUGGAACAUUUUGGAGACGAGGAGAAAAAGGAGCUGAGGAUUGACCUGGAGAGUUUCCUGGAGUUUUGGCCUCCUGAGAGCAAGCAAUUUGGCAUGCAAUACAUCUCGCACAUUUUGGGUGUGAUUAACUGCAAUGGUUUCACGCUGAGUGACCAAAGGGGGCUGCAGGCGGUUGGUGUAGGCAUCUUCCCCAACCUUUGCCUGGUAAAUCAUGACUGUUGGCCCAACUGUACUGUCAUCUUUAAUAAUGGCAAUCAUGAGGCUGUAAGAUCAUUGUUCCACACCCAGAUGAGGAUAGAGCUGCGGGCGCUGGGCAAGAUCUCCCCAGGAGAAGAGCUGACUGUUUCCUAUGUAGAUUUCCUCAAUGUCAGUGAAGACAGAAAGCAGCAGCUGAAAAAGCAGUACUAUUUUGAUUGUACCUGUGAGCAUUGUCAGAAGAAAAUCAAAGAUGACCUGAUGUUGGCUGUGAAAGAGGGGGAUAAGAAGCCCUCCCAAGAAACAGUCAAGGACAUCAUCCAGUUUUCCAAGGAAACCCUGGAAAAGAUUGAUAAAGCUCGCUCUGAUGGGAUAUACCAUGAAGUUGUGAAGCUAUGUCGAGAAUGUGUGGCAAAGCAGGAGCCAGUGCUGGGAGAAACCAACAUUUACUUGCUCCGGAUCCUCAGCAUCUUGUCGGAAGUCCUUUCUUAUCUCCAGCUUGUCGAAGAAGCUGCUGGUUACUCAAAGCGCAUGGUGGAUGGCUACCUGAAACUUUACCACCCAAACAAUGCACAGCUAGGGAUGGCCCUAAUGAGAGCAGGAGUGACCCACUGGCAUGCUGGCCUCAUAGAAGCAGGACAUGGGAUGAUUUGCAAAGCUUCUGCUAUUCUUCUGGUGACUCAUGGCUCAACCCACCCAAUUACCAAAGAUUUGGAUGCCAUGCGGGUUCAGUCAGAGAUGGAACUGCACAUGUUCCAGCAGAAUGAAUUUAUGUAUUACAAGAUGAGAGAGGCCGCUCUGCAGAACCAAACGAUCCAAGUCCUCCCUGAACCCACCAAUGAAGUUUCACCUGGCAUCUUCCAGAAGAAGCAAUAAUGAGCUCAUUUACUGCCCCGGAGAUGUAUCCUCAUGUUCCUACAGCUGGUGCAAGAUCAGCACUUUGGAUUCCGAUUAGGGAGAAAGUGAUAUGACAAGGAAAGUGACGCUUGGUUGUGACCAUUUGGAUCUGCUGGGGAUAGCUGCAGAUAGAUAUUGGUUUUCUACAUGUUUAGCAUCUUGGCUUAGAAGAAUUUCACAGAAAGUUUCAAAACUUAUAAUCACAAAUAAUAAAGUUAUUAUAAAAUGA